AACGAGAACGACGGCGAAGGCCUUCGCAGACAUCACUGACGCGGCAGGGAGCCGCUCGAGCCGGCGGGACCAAGCUCGCGAAGAGUGAGUAGGAAGCCCCGACGGCCUGAUACAACCCAGACGGACCUGCGAGGAACCCGAGAAGUGGUUCAUGUGCCUGUGAUGAGGGCGCAGCGGCUUCUGUGCUCGUGCUCAGACAAUAGCACAUCAGCUCAGCCACGCGCGAGUUCCCCCAGCAGCGCACGGCCGCCCAACGCGCGGUCUCGCAUUUUCGCGCCAUCUACAGCAAGACAAUCGCCUCGGCUCCAUCUUCCUCCGCUCGACUGCGAUACUCGGGCAUCAACUCACCGAAACACGGAAGCACGGAGGCUGCCGGACGGUAGGAAAUUUGAUGUGGUCGAGGCGGACUCGAGCGUGUCUUUGCGGCUUGGGCUACAAGCGCAAAUCCAGCGCUUCACGCGACCAUGCUUGCAAAAUAGCAGGCCGAGAGUCAACGGCAAUGUUUCCGCUGUCCGUUCGGGCGUCCGAGCCUCAACUCAAAAGUCCUCAGACCGAGCAAAUGCACGUAGCGUGUAUCUAAACGACUCUGCGGCCAUAUAUUAAGAGUCCCGACUUGCUGGUUUUCGCGUCUUCACCUCGGCGUCCGGGCACUCAAGACAUCCUACCCCUAGCCCCUAGGACCCGGAAUACUGCCUGUAUGCCAUCCUUUCCCUCCCCAACAUCCGUCUACUCGGUUUGCAAACACCGCUCCUACCGCCCUGCCUCGCCUCCAAACUUCCACUGGCGCGGAGGCGAUUCCUCGACACCGAUCAAUCAGGGUCCCAUCAUUUGUCA